CUCUCGAAGCAGAUGUGUUUCUUUGUCUCUUAAACUGCUACUAGCAGAAAACAUAAAACUGAGGACGAAAAUAAACAGCGAACAGCAGGGGAACAGGAAAUACUGAACCAUGGCGUUCAAUUUUGGCGGUGGCACUACUAAUACUCCAAGCUCUUCUGGAUUUUCAUUUUCUUCAUUUGCCCCCAAAACAACAGCCUCAACUGGUUUUGGUUUUGGCAGCACCACCACUGCCGCCUCAUCUGGAUUUGGUAGUCUUACAGCCACUGGGUUUGGGGCCACCACUACAACAGCGCCCACUACUGGUUUUGGAUUUGGAUCUACAACUACAGGAUUUGGGGGGCUGGGAGCUGCCAGCACCACCACCGGUGCUUUUGGUGGGUUUGGGGCGACCACCACAUCUGCUCCUGCAUCUUCAUUCAGUUUCUCUACUCCUACAAACACAGGUGGCCUGUUUGGUAGUACUCAGAAUAAAGGAUUUGGAUUCUCGUCUGCCUUGAGCACUGGCGCGACCACUGGCACUGCUUUUGGCACUGCACUCGGAACAGGACUAAACUUCGGAGGGUUUAAUGUUCAACCACAACAACAACAGGGAGGCUUGUUUGGGCAGCCUGGACAAGCGCCAUCACAAUCCAACCAGCUGAUCAACACAGCCAGUGCUCUUUCCGCGCCCACUCUCCUUGGCGAUGAGCGCGAUGCCAUCUUGGCCAAGUGGAAUCAGCUCCAGGCUUUCUGGGGAACUGGCAAGGGCUACUUCAACAACAAUAUCGCCCCUGUUGAUUUCACCCAGGAGAACCCAUUUUGCAGAUUCAAGGCAGUGGGUUACAGUUGCAUCCCAGGUAGUAAGGACGAGGACGGCUUGGUGGUCUUAGCUCUGAACAAGAAGGAGGAGGACGUCCGGAGUCAACAGCAGCAGCUGGUGGAGUCUCUGCACAAGGUCCUCGGAGGGAACCAGACUCUGACCGUAAACAUUGAGGGCGUCAAAGCCCUGCCCGAUGACCAGACGGAGGUAAUCAUAUAUCUAGUCGAACGCUCCCCAAAUGGUACCUCCAAGAGGAUAGCGGCCUCCUCGCUCUUUGGCUUCGUGGAGCAGGUCAAUGUGAAAACGCAGCUCCAGCAGCUGGGUGUGGUUAUGUCCGUCACCCGCAAUGAGCUCUCGCCUGCGCAGCUGAAGCAGCUCCUGCAGAAUCCGCCCGCCGGUGUGGACCCUAUCAUUUGGGAGCAGGCCAAAGUUGAUAACCCCGAUCCAGAUAGGUUGAUUCCAGUACCUAUGGUUGGCUUCAAAGAGCUGCUCCGCAGACUCAAGAUCCAAGACCAAAUGACGAAACAGCACCAGACUCGAGUUGAUAUAAUCUCUAAUGACAUAAGCGAACUACAGAAGAACCAGGCGACUACAGUGGCCAAAAUUGCUCAGUACAAAAGGAAGCUGAUGGCCUUGUCCCACAGAGUUCUUCAGGUGUUAAUAAAGCAGGAGAUUCAGAGGAAGAGCGGCUACGCAAUCCAGGUGGACGAGGAGCAUCUCCGCGUGCAGCUGGACACCAUCCAGUCUGAGCUCAACGCUCCCACCCAGUUCAAGGGUCGGCUGAAUGAGCUGAUGUCUCAGAUCCGCAUGCAGAACCACUUCGGGGCGGUCCGCUCGGAGGAGCGCUACAGCGUCGAUGCGGACUUGUUGAGGGAGAUAAAGCAGCAUUUAAAACAGGAGCAGGAGGGCCUGAGUCACCUGAUAAGUGUUAUAAAGGAUGAUAUGGAAGAUAUCAAGUUGAUCGAGCACGGUCUUCAGGAUGGCGUCCAUGUCAGAGGUGGCAUGCUCAGCUGAUGGGAUCUUCUCACAGUUUGUUCUCCUCCUGCUGGUUCUGCUGCUGCUGCUGCUGGGAAUUGCGUUUCACCUCGACCGGCAGGGUGUAUCAAUGGCUCCUGUCUCAGACCUUGAACUGCUUGUCAUAAAAGGGUUUCUUUCUCCUGGAAAGUGAUCCAAUAUUUGUAGACUCACUGCAGUGCUAGGAAGCUUCUUUAGUUUUGUUUUUUUAUAUAAAACUUUGCACUUCUCUGUGGGUACAAAGUGUUUUUAAUGUCCGAGUGUCGACAUGUAAAUAUGCAUUUUUAUCAUUUUCAGCAUUAGGCAGCCUAUUCCUGGAAAUGGCUCGGUGUUGAUUUGUUGAUGGAUAUAAUGCAGAGCUACAUUCUUCUAUGGUUCUAAUACAUAUGGAAAGCCAACAUAUCUGUCCAGAAGUGCAAUGUACCCCAAGAUUAAAGCAAUGUUAUUCAAUAAA